GUUCGCGGGCGGCGGCCUUUGUCUUAGCUGGGGAAGGGAUUGGAAGGGGUUGGCCGAGGCGGCGGAGGGAACGGGGAGCUCCUCGCCGCUCGCUGGUGAUUAGUGGCAGGUCGGCCAGGCGAAGACGGCGCCCGGCGAGUCACCCCACAAGCGGGGUUUGUUCGCGGGAGGCGUGCUUCACAGGGAGGGCCGCAGGCAAGAGAGGUGUUGGUCUGGAGAGGAGCUCGGCCGUAGCUACCCCUUCGUGCUCGCCACCAGCAAGCGCCGUCGAUGGGUGAUGUAGUAUUCGCCGGAGCCGGUGGGGCGCAAGAGAUGAUUGUGGAUUUUUCCCAACGAAGAUAAUGGAGAUAUGGGAACCAGCCUUGGAUCCGCGGAAGCAUUUCUCACAGGAUGAUAUCCAGAAUAUAAGGAUUCAAUAUAUGAAUCAACUAUUCUUUUGGAAGAAAAACACCGCAGACAAGAGGCUUGUCACUGAUUUCAACCUACAGGGUGAUUUCGUCGACAAUCCUGCAUGAUAGCUUUGGUUUCUCUAUGUAUUUUGGGCCUGUUGGACGUAUAUCAAGAGAAAGAGAGUUCGCCUACUUUUUUUCCGAUGUCUCACAAAGAACUUUUUUUUAACACCACAAAGAACAUUGUUAGUGGAGGGGGAUAGGGGGGAGUUUUGUCUUGGACGUACAAACACCUCACGCCCGUUGUAAAUGGGGGAGUUUUGUCUCGGAUGUGCAGACACCUCAUGCCUGUUGUAAAUGGGGAAGUUUUGUCUUGGAUAUACAGACAAGCCCUUUUUUGUGCCAUGCGCGUGCGUUGAACAGCGAUGACGGCAUGGUUGUUGCCGGAUAUGUCAAUUCUAUUUUUGUUUGUUCGCGUUAUAUUGACUUUUUUAGCAGUAGUGCUUUCUGAAUUUAGUGCUCAUGGAUCAUUGACUGUUUGGCUGGCCAGGGAGGAGCUAUGUUUUUCUUCAUAGCAUUUUUCUGUUUCUCCUGUUUUUUGUUCAACUUUUGCACGACGCCAUCUUUUUUUUGUUCUUUUGGUAACAUAGGCUCUUACAGGUCAAGCUACAAGCCAAGAAGUAACAAAAGCAAACAAAUUCUGCAUAUGCCCAUCAGUUUUCAAUCGCCCGUGCAAGCAUUUUUGUUUUGGUUCAGCAUAGAUACCAACAAUUUUUUCUCUUCUUUUUUCAAGUUUUCCCAUUCAACAUUUCUCGAAAAAAAUUGUAAACCUUUCUGUCAAUCUUUUUUGCUUUAUCUUUUUUCUGAAGUUUAUACAAUGACUGAUAAAAUAGUAUCUUUUGUUACUUUUUUUUCAUUCUUGCAGGUACAAGCAAAGAAAAUCAGAGUUGCAGGUCAGGAGCUUUUUCAUUUUCAUCAUUUUCAUUUUGAAGCUGGAUAUUUUCUCGAGGAUGCUGCUGCAUUCUCUCACUGCUGCAGUUGCAAACCGACAUCAGUAGUUAAGUUCCUGGUGAUGAUGUCUUAGCUUUUCUUCCUCUCAACGUUCUGUUGCCCUGCAUAUAAGUUCCACAUCUUUUGUCCUUUUUUCCGAUUUUAUUUUAUUCUUUCCACCCUACCUCAAGUCUUGGUGUGUUGGUUGACGUGUCGGUGUUUUCCAAUACUUGAGCCACCUCUGUUUGUGGUAAAUGUACCAGAGCUUCACCCUCAUUACCUGCUUGACCGAUGUCACUAACAUACGAGCACGACUCCUGCCCCUGCACACGAGUUUGCACAAAGUUUAUCUCAUUUUUUCCCUUAGCAUGUGUUUUUUUUUUGUUUUUAAAAAUCAAUUUUAAAUGUUUCGCGCACCUGGGCAUUGAUGCUGUGAGAGCCUCUAUUUAGGUCAAUAUAACCCCGCAACAGCACAACAUAAGAGAAGUUUGGCUUUUUCAUCAUCGUCAAUAUUUCUGUCGGUUUCCAGACGUAAUUUGCAAGGCAUAAAAAUUAAGCAAAAAAUAAGAAGCAUUUUUUUCAUCCAUUUUUUGCACCUGCAUGAAUAUAGUUUCUUGGCUUCCAAGGCAUUGAUCCUGGAUAUCCUCAUUCCCACUGUCAUUCACCUAUAAAAUUCAGUCUCUUGUAAAUACAAUAUGAACUCAAAAACAAAUAUGUGAGCAACAAGCAUCAAGCAUGGAAAUUGCAGAUCAUGUCUCUUUUGAGUCUUCUUUCUUCAGUCUUUAGGAAGUGUUUGUUUCUUCAGUCUUUAGGAAGUGUUUGUUUCUUCAGUCUUCUUUUCUCUGCCUUCAGUCCUUCACUUUCCAGUGUUUCUUGAGUCAUCUUACUAUUCAACCACCAUUCUGUCUUGUUUAUUCAACCCUCUUUUCUCUCUAUCUCUAGUUCUUCAGUUUUCCGUCUCUUUAGAAUCUUUGUUUCAGUGUUUCUGUAGUCUAGUCUUCAGUUUUCAGUACCUUUAUAUAAUUUUGUUUCAGUCAUUAGUGUUUCUUUUAUUCUUUUAGUUUUCAUUACCUAUUAAUCUGACCUCAGCUCAAUCUCUUUAAUCAGUACUCGUGCUAGUAUUUCCUUAGUCUGUGAGCCUGCAUCAUUGUUCAGUCACACUAAAUUUUGUCAAUUUUCUAUAGUUAAUAAUUCAGUUAUCAGUUUCUUUUAAAUUUUUGUCAAUUGUGAUCCUUCCUCACCUAAGUUCUUCAGUUUGUUUCUUAGUCUAUGAGCUUGCAUCAUUGUUCAGUCUAUCAGUCUAUAAGUCCCUAGUGCUUACUCACUCUGUCAUUUUCCAGUAAGUCCCUGCUCAUUUUCUAGCUUUUUUCUGUACCUGUAGGGGUUGGUGUCAUUUUCUUCAGUUAUGUUACUAGUUUCAGUGUUGGGUGUCGUUUUCUUCAGUUUUGUGUGUUACCAGUUACCACAUAGGUAGGUUAGUUAGUAUUCAUUGUUCAUUCUUAAUUUAGUAUUCAUUGUUUCGAUCGUAAGUCCAACACAGCCUACAAGCACUAAGAUUUAGUUAUGCUUGUCUAGACGGUUUUCUUAUUUAUGAGUGUUCAGACCUUCAGUUGCUCCAGUCCAUGUUAAGUCUUCUCAAAUAAAGCUCUCAAUCAUAGUUUCUAGUUUGUCAAGAAAUCCCAGCUAGUUUAGCAAGUUUGUUCAUACAGUUUUCAGUUUAUCUGCAUUUUGUCAUUUCACUACUUUAGCCUCAUAUUUAUUUCUUCACGUCAUUUUUUCGAGAUCAGAUCCAUGCUGGAAAUGGGUCGAAUGGGGCGUCAGUGGUAUCGAAUCCCACCAUGAUCAGAUACAUGCUUUUGAAGCUCAGAGAUACAACUCUCAGAGCAAGAUAAUAUUUUAUGGAUCUGCGCCAACAAGCCUACCGACACCUGUGUCGCUUCCAACGGCUCUAGCAGCCAAGGAAUGGCCUGUUUUGCGGGGCCGGGAUUUAAGAUAGAGCUUUUAGAAGAUCAUUGCUCUCGGACGCUAUUCCAUCUUGAGCACAAGUAGCAUCAGUGAUCGGAGGCGAUGGUCAUAGCAAAGCACGUCCGGAGCUCCUCCACGCAGUGUCUUCCGUCGCCGGCUCAAGGUGGAAGUCGUAGCACCGGCGGAGGUGACCGUGACGGCGUGACGAUGCCCGUUCAAGGCUACUGAAGCACGGCAUGCAACAACCCCGCCGCAAACAAUGCCGAUCCACGGCUGAUCCAGUCAGAAAAAAACCCGCCCCGCCUAAAACCACCACCAAGAAGCUCCGCACCCGCACACGCGCGGGCCGCCGAGGCCAACCGUUUCGUGGGUGAUGCUGAUGCGUGGACGGACGGAGGGCAUGGCGCGCGCGCAUGUCGCUCCCUGCGCUCCCGCGCGGCCACAGCGCCAUCCCUUUAAACUCAACGCCUCCCUCCUAUUUUAGGACUAGCGGGAGCGCGAACUUGUGGCCCCUAGCUUCCACGCACCAUGUCCCUCCUCCACGUCCGGCUCGCCGCCGCGGCGAUCGCCGUCGUCGCGCUCGUGGCCGGCGGGGACGCCUACCAGCUCACCAAACCAGGCACCGUCAUCUCGUACGACCGCCGCUCGCUCAUGGUGGACGGACAGAGGGACAUCUUCUUCUCUGGCUCCAUCCACUAUCCACGCAGCCCUUUCCACGAGUGGCCCGACCUCAUCGCCAGGGCCAAGGAAGGCGGCCUCAACGUCAUCGAGUCCUACGUCUUCUGGAACGUCCAUGAACCCGAGAUGGGCGUGUACAACUUCGAGGGGAGGUACGACAUGAUCAAGUUCUUCAAGCUGAUCCAGGAGCAUGAGAUGUACGCCAUGGUCCGUAUCGGGCCCUUUGUCCAGGCGGAGUGGAACCAUGGAGGGCUGCCUUACUGGCUCCGGGAGGUCCCCGACAUCAUAUUCCGCACAGACAAUGAGCCUUUCAAGAAGCUCAUGCAGAAGUUUGUCACUCUCGUAGUGAACAAGCUCAAGGAGGCCAAGCUCUUCGCAUCACAAGGAGGCCCUAUCAUUCUAGCGCAGAUCGAGAAUGAGUACCAGCACAUGGAAGCGGCGUUCAAAGAAAACGGCACCAGGUACAUCGAAUGGGCAGCUAAGAUGGCCAUCAGCACCGACAUCGGGGUGCCAUGGAUCAUGUGCAAGCAGACUAAAGCUCCAGCGGACGUGAUUCCUACCUGCAACGGUAGGCACUGCGGAGAUACAUGGCCAGGUCCAGUUGACAAGAACAAACCCCUGUUAUGGACCGAGAACUGGACUGCUCAAUACAGAGUAUUCGGUGAUCCUCCGUCUCAGAGAUCUGCCGAGGACAUUGCGUUUGCCGUGGCGCGGUUCUUCUCGGUGGGGGGCAGCAUGGUGAACUACUACAUGUACCACGGAGGAACAAACUUUGGAAGAACGGGUGCCUCUUUCGUGAUGCCGAGAUACUACGACGAGGCGCCUCUCGACGAAUUCGGUAAAGCAGAGACAGAUGAAUCCUCUCAAACUCUGAAUAUGCUUAACUAUGUUGAUUCAUGGAUGAACGUUUUGGUUGGUCCAGGAAUGUUCAAAGAGCCCAAGUGGGGCCAUCUGAAGGACCUGCACCAUGCUUUGAGGUUGUGCAAGAACGCUCUCCUCUUUGGGACCCCCUCCACGCAGCCAUUGGGCAAGCUCUACGAGGCGCGGGUGUUCGAGAUCCCGGAGCAGAAGGUGUGCGUGGCGUUCCUGUCCAACCACAACACCAAGGAGGACGGGACGGUGACGUUCCGCGGGCAGAAGUACUUCGUGCCCCGGCGGUCUGUCAGCAUCCUGGGCGACUGCAAGACGGUGGUGUUCAGCACGCAAUACGUGAACGCGCAGCACAACCAGCGCACCUUCCACUUCACGGACCAGACGGUGCAGAACAAUGUGUGGGAGAUGUACACGGAGGGGGACCAGGUGCCCACCUACAAGUUCAGCACCGACCGGAGCGAGAAGCCCCUCGAGGCCUACAACAUGACCAAGGACAAGACCGACUACCUCUGGUACACAACCAGCUUCCUGCUGGACCCUGAGGACCUGCCGUCCAGGCUAGACAUCAAGCCGGUGCUGGAGGCGAGCAGCCAUGGGCACGCCAUGGUGGCGUUCGUCAACAAGAAGUUAGUCGGCUGCGGCCAUGGCACAAAGAUGAACAAGGCCUUCAGCCUGGAGAAGCCCAUCGAUGUCAAGGUCGGCAUCAACCACAUCUCCAUCCUGUCCAGCACGCUGGGGUUGCAGGACAGCGGGUCCUACCUGGAGCGCCGGCAGGCCGGCGUGCACUCGGUCACCAUCCAGGGCCUCAACACGGGGACGCUGGACCUCACCAGCAACGGGUGGGGUCACAUCGUGGGCCUGGACGGCGAGCGCAAGCAGGCUUUCACGGAAAAGGGCGGCGAGGUGCAGUGGCAACCCGCGGUGUUCGACAAGCCGCUCACGUGGUACCGGCGGCGCUUCGACAUGCCCAGCGGGGAGGACCCCGUGGUGAUCGACAUGAACCCGAUGGGCAAGGGCAUCCUGUUCGUCAACGGCGAAGGGCUGGGGCGAUACUGGAGCUCGUACAAGCACGCGCUGGGGCGGCCGUCGCAGUACCUGUACCACGUGCCGCGGUGCUUCCUGAAGCCGACGGGGAACGUGCUGACCAUCUUCGAGGAGGAAGGCGGGCGGCCGGACGCCAUCAUGAUCCUGACGGUGAAGCGCGACAACAUCUGCAGCUUCAUCUCGGAGACCAACCCCGGGCACGUGCGGUCGUGGGAGACCAAGGACAGCCAGCUGACGAUGGUGGCGGACGACCUGAAGCCGCGGGCGGUGCUGACGUGCCCGGAGAAGAAGAUGAUCCAGCAGGUGGUGUUCGCCAGCUACGGGAACCCGCUGGGGAUCUGCGGCAACUACACGUUUGGCAACUGCCACACGCCCAAGGCCAAGGAGAUUGUGGAGAAGGCGUGCGUGGGGAAGAGGAGCUGCGUGCUGGCCGUGUCGCACGAGGUGUACGGCGGGGACCUCAACUGCCCGGGCACCACGGCCACGCUGGCCGUGCAGGCAAAGUGCUCCAAGAGGCAGAGGACCGCCGAGCAAUAAGUAACCUAAGCUCACAUAUGUACUGCUAUGUAGAUGAUCUCAUCACCUUGACCUUUUUGCCUUUUUCAUGCUUGUUGUUUGGGAUACAUGUUGUACUCAGGUUGUUGAUUCCUGUGAAUUGUUGUAGGAGUAGAUGGAGCGCUGAGAUGAGAAGCAACAUGGAUGGAAAUCAAUCGAUCCAUUUGAUUUGCUGAAUAA